GUCGUCAUGACCCGCACGAGCCAGGCAUGACUCGGCCAAGAUGGGAUCGGCCGAGCGGAGCGUGACUCAGCGGGAGGGCUGAGGGAUAAAAGGCCCGGCGAGGGGGAGGCUGGUGGUGGAGGACUCGCGGCAGCGUGGGGUGACCGGUGAAGUGGUCAAGGAGCUUGAAGCAUCUGCUGGCCUAUGAUGGAGUUUCCGGACUUGGGCAAGCAUUGUUCAGAAAAAACUUGUAAACAGCUGGAUUUCCUUCCUUUAAAAUGUGAUGCAUGUAAGGAAGUUUUCUGUAAAGAUCACAUCACAUACGACACACACAAAUGUACCUCUUCAUAUAAGAAGGAUGUGCAGGUUCCAGUAUGUCCUUUAUGUAACACUCCCAUCCCAGUGAGAAGAGGAGAGAUGCCAGACAUCGUAGUUGGAGCACACAUGGACAGGGACUGCAAAUAUGAUCCUACUCAGCAGAAACAGAGGAUUUUCACAAACAAGUGCUUAAAAGAAGGUUGCAAAAGGAAAGAGAUGAUGAAGCUUGUUUGUAACCAAUGCCAUGGAAACUUCUGUAUAAAACAUCGGCAUCCUCUGGAUCAUGACUGCAAAGUGGGAGGUCGCCCUAUCUCCAAAGCAGGGCACAGCUACCUUCCUUGCUCCAUGCAGUAGUAUUCUAGAGCAGUUGGGUGACCAGUUCUGCACAAAUCUGGAAGUGGAUGGAUGUGUGAUUGGUGGUGGAAUAAACAGAUGUUCAGCAUGGUUCUAUUUCCUUGUAGAUAUGCAGCUAUAAUGAGAGCAUCUGAAUCAAACUUCAGGAUCAAACAAGAUGUCCUCUAACUUAUCUUCACAACAGGUAUAAACUGAAGUGUGGUUAUGAGAUUAGCAAAACAAGGUGACCUAAAACAGAGCCUUAUGUCUACAGAAUGUAAAAUUGCCAUUGGUACUCCUUCCUUAAAACUUUUAUAGUUGCCAGUUACAUCUGAGCAAUGCCAGGAGUGUAAAGGAGGGGCAUAAACGGUCCAAGACAUGACUGUUUUGUCACUGUGGCAAUUCAUCUUUGCAUAGUGUGUAAAUGUGCAGUCAAAUUGCUACUUAUUACAAUGAGCUAGUAGCUGAGUUAGUCCAGCACUUGACAUGGUCAAGAUGUAAGAACUCAUUAUUGGGUGACUA